UCAUAACUAAGGAUGUAUUAACAGAUGAAGGUAUCAUAGAAAUAGUAAAUUACGAGUUUGAUAAAGAAGAAAAUGAAGCUAAAAAUAAUGAUGAUAAAGAUCCUCCUUCUUUUCUUAUAACUAUUACUAAAGCCAUAAAAGCUUUAAAAAAGGUUAUUAGUUAUCAAGAAAGUCUUGAAGUCAGAAAAGGGUUUAAAAAAAAUGAACUAAUAGCACUGCAAAAAAAACUUAAAGAAUAG